CUCAGUCACUCAGUGCUGGUUGAGAGAUGAACCAUAAAAUACUACCUAGGCAGGACAACACUAUACAUUAAUUUACUGACUCACCUGUUAACCUGCCUCUUACAGUGCUUCUGAAUUGUACUUUUGUGGAUAUCCAUAGACAUCUGCGGUGUUGGAAGGAGUAACUUUGUGCUUUGUUAGGAGUUCAUGGCUUCAAGUUUGAAGGUUUUUUGGGAUCCUUGUCAUUGUUCGGAUCGCUUCAGAGGUUCAUCAUUAGUUAUUGGGCAGCAUUUGAGGACACCUGAGGAACAAAUGUUGUCCUUUGCUUUAAAGCGUGCAUAGUAUCUCCAAUGGGUUUCUGUCCCUGUGGUCUGGCUGCACUGUUGCUGACAUUGGCGCAUUCGACUACUGGAAUAAUCAAUUGAAUCUGACGUGGCGUUGGACAUCUGCUUGCAUAUUGACUUAUCGGGAACAGAGAAAGCCAUCUCAAACCUUUUGUUUUGUGUGUGUGUGUGUGGCCUGGUUGGAGCAGAGUAUUGCUAUGUUUUUCUCCUGGAUUCUCUAGCAGAACUCUCUAGGGUAGUACAUUAGCAUAUGUGACAUUUUGCAUUCACGUUCACCUCCACCCUAAAGUUUAACCUCACGACACAUAUCCCUUAGGCUAAGGAGGGCCUUUCAGUGCCUUAAGUUGACCUGGUACCCCAUGUCGUCUGACUCUGGCCAUCUCACCGGGGCCCAGAGAGCUGUGUGCAGGCUGGUCCACCGGGGCCCCAGACCAUGGGCCCUGCUGAGGCCCAUAAGGCUGGAGCUGGGGGUGUAUGUGGAGAAGACCUGCACUAAACAGAAACACAGGAUGGAGGCUUCGUGUCUGGAGUUGGCGCUGGAGGGAGAGAGGCUGUGUAAGGCGGGGGACUUUAAAGGCGGGACAGCAUUUUUCGAGGCGUCUGUGCAGGUGGGAACAGAAGACCUGAAGACCCUCAGUGCCAUCUACAGCCAGCUGGGCAAUGCCUACUUCUACCUGAAGGAAUACGGCAAGGCCCUGGAGUACCAUAGACACGACCUCACUCUGGCCAGGACAAUAGGGGACAGGAUAGGGGAAGGGAAAGCCAGCGGUAACCUUGGAAACACACUGAAGGUUUUGGGCCGCUUCGACGAGGCAGCAGUGUGCUGUCAGAGACACCUGGACAUCUCUCAAGAGCAAGGGGACAAGGUGGGAGAGGCCAGGGCUCUGUAUAAUAUAGGGAACGUGUUCCAUGCCAAGGGAAAGCAGCAGUUAUGGGGCUGUACCCAGGACCCUGGGGACCUCCCACCAGACGUCAGAGAUACACUGCAAAAGGCUACUGGCUUCUACGAGUUGAACCUGUGUCUGGUCAAAGAGCUGGGGGACAGAGCCGCUCAGGGGAGAGCCUUCGGUAACCUAGGCAACACCCACUACCUUUUGGGAAAUUUUGUGGAGGCCAUCAAAUUCCACAGACAGAGACUUUCCAUUGCCAAGGAGUUUGGUGACAAAGCAGCAGAACGUAGAGCCUAUAGUAACCUUGGCAAUGCUCUGAUUUUCCUGGGCCAGUUCAACACUGCCACGGAGUACUACAGGAAAACUCUGCAGCUGUCUCGUCAGUUAAAGGACCAGGUGAUGGAGGCCCAGGCGUGUUACAGCCUGGGGAACACCUACACUUUGCUGCAGCAGUACGAGAGAGCCAUAGACUACCAUCUCAAACACCUCCUCAUAGCCCAGGAGCUCACUGACAGGGUUGGAGAGGGCCGUGCCUGCUGGAGUCUGGGAAAUGCCUAUGUGUCUUUAGGGAAUCAUCGCCAGGCCCUGCACUAUGCCCGCAAACACCUGGAUAUCUCCAGAGAGAUUGGGGACAGGAAUGGCGAGUUGACUGCCAGGAUGAAUGUGGAGCAGCUGAUGGAGGCUCUGGGGGUCAACGAGAGUGACCUUUCACCCUGCGGGUCAGAGUUUGAGGUGCAAGGAGCCAGACCCAAAAUUACCAAGAGAAACAGUGUGGACAGUGUCGAACUGUGGAAGUACUCGUCAGAUAAGAAUGGAGACAGCCAGGAAUUGGACAGUAUAUCUCGGAGAUCCAAGAGUCAGCAGUCUCAGCCAAGUAGAGGGAAGGGCUACCCCGACAGCCAGUCCUCAGAUGAGAGGCAGUGGUUUGACUCCCCUGUGGACGCCGAUGAAAUCACAGUCCAAGUCCCGCCUCCGAAGCUAAGUCGUGACCCCUCUGAUGAGGACUGCUUCUUCGACCUCCUCAGCAAGUUUCAGAGCAGCCGCAUGGACGACCAGCGCUGCCACCUUGACGACCCGAAUGUAGAGAACGGAGAAAAUGGCGAGAAUGGAGGGGCUGUCUCUCUUAAUGAAAUGCUAGAUCCAGCGCUCAUCUCCUCGCCCCAGACAGAGGAGCUGUUUGACCUGAUCGUCAGCUCCCAGAGCCGUCGCCUGGAUGACCAGCGGGUCAGCGUCAGCAACCUGCCGGGCCUCAGGAUCACCAAUAACAACCUGGGCCACCUGUGUGUUGACACAGACCCCCAGGAGCCCAGCGAUGACUUCUUCAACAUGCUUAUCAAGUGCCAAUCCUCCAGGAUUGAUGACCAGCGGUGCUCCCCACCAGAAGGGGGGCCCCGGGCUCCCACGGUGCCUGACGAGGACUUCUUCAGUCUGAUCCAGAGAGCACAGGCCAAGCGCAUGGACGAGCAGCGGGUCCACCUCCCCUCAGAAGAACAGGACGGGCCCGACUCCGACCCAUCCGGGGACUCCAGCUAGGGGCCCAAGCAAUCAGCCCUGGGGCAGGGUUUGAGAUUGCGACCAUUUGACUUGGCAAUGCAAAACCAAUUUUGAAUUGGUCGCUAGGGUGUCAGUGAAAAUGUUUUGCUUGUCAUCUUAGUUUUUGGUUCACAAUUAGCUUUUUUUCUAUUAUCAAGAUUUAUUCUAAUAGCAGUGGGCAGCAACAAUGGGUAUGCAAACAAUGGGUAUGCAAACAAUGGGUAUGCAAACAAUGGGUAUGCAAACAAUGGGUAUGCAAACAAUGGGUAUACAAACAAUGGGUAUGCAAACAAUGGGUAUGCGAUGUGCAAUUCGGUCAUCAUCCACUGUUUGAAUGAACGUGUCUAAAGGUUUUCCUAAAACACCUUUCCAAUUAAAUGUUGACUGGAAAGUAGGACUAUCUGACAGAAUGUGGGGCAGCAGGUAGCCUAGUGGUUAGAGCGUUGGACUAGCAACCGAAAGGUUGCAAGAUCAAAUCCCCAAGCUGACAAGGUAAACAUCUGGUGUUCUGCCCCUGAACAAGGCAGUUAACCCACUAUUCCUAGGCCGUCAUUGAAAAUAAGAAAUUGUUCUUAACUGACUUGCCUCGUAAAAAAAAAAAAAUGAUUUGUAUGAUAUAUGAAUUUUUCUGCUAACUCUGUCAGUGUAGCCCACACUGUACAUUGCACAGUACAAGAACACUGCUAGGCAAUUGAAUUAAAUGCAACUUAAUUCUCCAAUUAUACUUUUUUUUAUUGUUCCCAGACCUUAAAUGUAGUCUCCUGAUGUGGUUUAAGCAUUGUUGUGGACUUAAAACAUCCAAGUUGUUGUAGUUUUCCUAUUAAAACAGUGUGAUUGUGACAGUGAGAACCUGGAAAAAACAAGGAAAACUAUUAAAUUAAACCGGGAAAAAUGAAUUUACCAAAACUGAUUUUAUAGGGCUCUACACCUGUAGACUGACUGUUCAAAAUCACUAACACUAACCAGGUUUCCUUCCAACCUUUUUAUGUGAGUAAAGUACAUGUCGGAUGAGACAUUUCAUGACAGGCCAGAUGUAAACAGCUAAUAUUUGGAAAUAUUAUUUGGAAAGUAACCUUUCCAAAUAUUGACAAAACAAAAUACGCAACACAAGGUGUGAUCUUUUUGUGUCUAAAAUUAUGUGAGAAAUGGCAGUGGAAAUGCCUUUAUGCACAAAUAUUGAUCAUCAUAUCAAAGUAAACUUGGAGUCACGUGGUGAUAUGUUGUGGGUUGCUCCCACUGCGACUUGGGAAACUAUGCAGUUUAUUAGGCUACAGAUGAAAUAGCUUAUGGGCUGGUGAAAGUGCACAGUAAUGAGCUUGAUGCUCCUAUAUAAUACAUAUCGAGGGUGUUAUUCUGGUGACGUGAUGCUUGGCUGCCAUUUGACUAAUAAUCUGCCAUUUGUCUAUAAUAAUCUCAUCAUGUAGGCUAUACCCGCACUGUUUCUGCAAGCUGUUGGCUAGAGGGCACGAGCCAAGACCAGAGUGGGCACAUUCGCUAUAUAACUCAAAAACAAAAUGUCACAGAACCAUCAGUAGACUUGAAGAUGUGAUGGAAACCCAUUUUUUUAUUUGGUAACAUCAAAAAUAAUGUGUAUGGGCCGCACACAGCCUUUUAUCCACAUCAAGUCAAUUUGAUGGAAACUCAUCUCUGGUGGGAGAAGUUUUGAGUAUUCGCAUGAAAAUCGGUCGCUAAUUGGAUGGAAACCUAGCUAUUAACACAAUGUUUGAGAUUUUGCAAAGGUUUUAUUUUCCCCUCCAAACAAUCAAUGUUAAUAUGAUGUUGUCAAGUUAAAAUUGAAUGAUUUCUGUAUGGAGGGUAGGACAUUAUAAGCUACUUGCUCAGCGUGCAUCAUUGCUCAGCGUGCAUCAUCCGCUUUACCAGGACAGUAAUUCUUUUCAUUUUGAGCCAGUAGCUCCCAGUUGGCACUGGCCCGGUGUGUCACUGGCAAAUUUACCUGAAUGUCAAGCCCUGCCCGAGGAAUGCUAAUUUACCAGAUGGCUUUUCAUUACUUGCCUGGUUCUGUAUGGAAUGCAGCUACAUUAUAAGUCACAGGUGAGGUCAUUAUCAUGGGGUGUGACCAAAUCAUGUACUGGUGCCAUCAACUGGUCUGCAACCCUGCCUGGGCCACCACUCGAGGAGAUCCUUGAAGGGAUAGGUGUGCAAUAGGUGGCACCCUUUCAGCUGUUGUGAAUCUGUUUAGAUUUGAAAGGUGUACAAAUCCAAAUUCCAGGAGAAAUCUAUGUGAAUUAAGUGUUUUGCUAGAGUUUGAGACGCCAACAAGAUAUUUACUCUACCCCAUCUACUGCCUUAAAUCAGUUUUUUUUUCAAACUCCGAUUGUAUUACUAAGUAUCAGGGGUCUGUGAUUUCAAAGCGUAUAAUGGCGAAGUGUUUGGUUUGAAGGAUGACGAUGAUUGCUGCUGGUGAUUUUUGUUGACGACAGUAUUAGCUAUGUCAAAAUUGCAUUCGGUAUUAGACAACAGCUCAAGAGACUUCAGGAAUAAUUAUAAAACAGCACAGUUAGUCAAGGUCUAGUCAUUAUAGAGUUCAUGUCUUCUGGAGUACAAACAGGUUUAAAACAAAAAAUUAUACAUUUCUCAAAAUAAAUGUUAUGUUUAAUAGUAUACAAAAUGUCAAGAAUAUAUUGUUUUAGAGAGUUGAAUCAAGCUCAAAUCAAAGUGCAUCUCUUCAUUUAGGCCAUGGAAGUGCCAAUAGUGCAGUAUAUAGGCAGUAUACUGAUUGCAAUCAACAAAUGUCUAAUGGUAACCCCCACAAUGCCAUCAACUUGAUCAACCUUUCUCUGACCAAUGACCUUAGAGCUGACAGUCCAAUGGAUCGGGGACUUUUUUUUAGGACGGCACAGGAGUAGAUGUAUAGCCUAUGCAUACACAAUCCUGUGUUGCAGGGAUCUCCUUCUACAUUGCCACAGCUGUUAGUCUUCAGUUUCCAAUUGUCUAGGAGGGGUUAGUUUUAUAUUCUGCUUGUAUACUGUCCCUUUGUGGUGAAACAUGUGUACUACAGCUGUCCUGUGUGUCCUAUUGGAAAUGAGACUUUGGUCAUUCCUGAGGUUGAGGAUGUAAUCCUGUGAGCAAGUAUAAUGCUUUUAAGCACUUUUUAUUAUUUCAGUGACAAGCUAUACAUAACUGUACAGUAUAUACUUUGCAUAUUUUUUGCAGAUCAUUUUGUAAAGGAUAGAGUAUAUUUGCAAAAAAUGUUAGUGCCUUUUUGUAUUUCUGUUCUCUUGUGGUUAUCAGAAUGAUCCUGUAGAGUUAUCCUGUAGCAGACCCAGUGGACCAGAGACAGGUGUAUACUGAAGAAAUGAAACUAAAACAGCUUGUAGUAAGAUCUAAACAUACAGUAACGUGUUGCCUAACUGAUGAUCCAUAAUGGACAUUUUUGUUGCUCUUCCUCUUUGGGACUCCAUUUGUAAAUGUUAGUUUUACCGUGUAGCUCUACUUUGUACCUCAAGAGUCAUGACCCUAUCCCAGAGUGGGCCAUAAACCUAACUCGGGAUGGGUCGUGAUCUAUAUGAUUCAUCUCGAUCUCUGUAAUAAGAGGCUUACAAGGUCCCCACUGUUUUCCAAACAGAGCUCAUUUCCUCUAUUUUUCCAUAACUUAUAAGGGUAAACUUGGUCCUGAUCUAUCCGGUACGCUUCUAUUUGUCACUACCAUAUGUACAUAUAUUUUUUUGUAUUUAUGUUCCAUUUGAGGACAUAAAGAUGUCCCUUCUGCUUUUAAUAAAUAUUGAUUCCAAUGUUU